CGUGUUCCUCUCCGCUUGUGCUGAUUUCCAGUUCCCAGCAAAAUGUCUUUUCCCAGUAUUCGCUUUUUGCUUUCCCUCCCCUGUUUCGUUUUCCUUUUACAAGUAGCUUCCCGAACCACCUGGAGUUCUUUGUUUCUAUUUCAAGUAAACUUUGUGUUUCCUUAAGCUGCUGGAAAGUCGCUGUUCUUGCUAAAAUCACAGCGGGCUUUUCACUGUGGUUCCUGUAGGCAAGAUUUUCAGUUUGAGAUCUGUGUGCUUGUGUGGAUUUUCCCAUGAAGUACAUCCUGGUAACUGGUGGUGUCAUCUCGGGCAUUGGCAAAGGGAUCAUUGCAAGCAGCAUUGGCACCAUAUUGAAAUCAUGUGGUCUACGUGUCACUGCAAUCAAGAUUGAUCCUUACAUAAACAUAGAUGCUGGAACCUUUUCACCAUAUGAACAUGGUGAAGUUUUUGUAUUGAAUGAUGGUGGAGAAGUUGACUUAGAUUUGGGAAAUUAUGAGAGAUUUUUGGACAUCAAUCUCUAUAAAGACAACAAUAUCACCACUGGAAAAAUAUAUCAGCAUGUCAUUAAUAAAGAAAGACAUGGUGAUUACCUGGGAAAAACUGUUCAAGUUGUUCCACACAUCACCGAUGCAGUUCAGGAAUGGGUAAUGAAUCAGGCAAAAGUUCCAGUGGAUGACGACAGAAAAGAACCACAAAUUUGUGUGAUUGAGCUUGGUGGAACUAUUGGAGAUAUUGAAGGAAUGCCAUUCAUUGAAGCAUUUAGACAGUUUCAGUUCAAAGCAAAAAGAGAGAACUUCUGUAAUAUCCAUGUUAGUCUAGUACCACAGGUGGUGGGAGCCCCAGGCUGUGUAGCAUUGAAUGGCGCUGACGAGCAGCAUGUUGAGCAGACCACAUCCUUAGAAGUGAUUCUCCCCUUUUGGUCAUUUGGACUAAUAGAUAAUUUCAUUACAAGGAAACAACUGUAUCAUUUUUAUUGUCAAACAGAAAGGAUGUUUGACAGAACAAACAUCCUUUCUGGAGAACUUCUUGCUGCAUUCCUAGAUAAAGGGAAGGCCAUGCAGCCUAACGCCACUGGUGAACAGAAGACAAAACCAACACAGAACAGUGUUCGAGCACUGAGGGGUCUAGGCUUGUCUCCAGAUUUGAUUGUCUGUAGAAGUGCAAAACCUAUAGAAAUGGCAGUGAAGGAAAAGAUUUCCAUGUUUUGCCAUGUGGAACCUGAGCAGGUGAUAUUUGUCCAUGACGUUUCUUCCACUUACCGAGUACCAAUCCUGCUGGAGGAGCAAGGCAUCAUUAAGUAUUUUAAACAGAGGUUAAAUUUACCUAUUGAUGACCAUCCAAGUGAUCUUCUAAUGAGAUGGAAGAAAAUGGCUGACAGAUACGAAAGGUUGCUGAAGGUGUGUUCCAUAGCUCUCGUUGGCAAGUACACAAAACUAAGUGAUUGCUAUGCGUCUGUUUUCAAGGCUCUGGAGCACUCUGCGCUGGCAAUUAAUCACAAACUGGAUUUAAUGUACAUAGAUUCAACAGAACUUGAACGUUCUACAGAAGCGGAGAACUCAGUGAAAUAUCACCAGGCAUGGCACAAACUGUGCAAAGCAGAGUGUCAUUUCAGUGGCAUUCUGGUCCCAGGAGGGUUUGGAAUUAGGGGAACAGAAGGCAAACUCCAGGCUAUCUCCUGGGCGAGAACAAAGAAAAAACCCUUUCUUGGAGUUUGCCUGGGAAUGCAAUUAGCAGUUGUGGAGUUUGCAAGAAACUGUUUGAAUUGGAAAGAUGCUAAUUCUACAGAAUUUGACCCAGACACAAAAAACCCUGUUGUUAUUGACAUGCCAGAACACAAUCCUGGAGAUAUGGGUGGAACAAUGAGACUGGGGAAGAGGAGGACUGUUUUCAGAACACAAAAUUCUGUUUUAAGGAAACUUUAUGGUGAUGAAAUGUUUGUGGAGGAGCGGCACAGGCAUCGAUAUGAGGUGAACCCAGAAUUGACUCACUACUUUGAAGAGAAAGAUUUGAAAUUUGUUGGCCAUGAUACGGAGGGAAACAGAAUGGAAAUUAUUGAACUGGAGAAUCACCCAUAUUUUGUAGGAGUUCAGUUCCACCCAGAGUUUUCCUCAAGACCUAUGAAACCUUCACCUCCAUACCUUGGACUGUUGCUAGCAGCAACUGGGACACUCAGUGCAUACCUGCAACGUGGAUGUAAAUUGUCUCCAAGAAAGAAUGACAGCUACAGUGACCUCAGUGAUGACAGCUCUCUAGAAAAAGAGUUUCCUAAUUCAGAAAAAGCUGAAAUGAUUGUAUGAGAGCACAGAAAUGGAUGAUGCUGUUGAGAAAGUUGGGAACAGUUCAAUUCUGAAGAGAAGAAAGUAGAAGAGUAAGCUGCUUGUGAUCCUCAUAGUGUCUCCACCUAUCAUGUCUCUUUACUGAUGACAGUUUCACUGUCUUGUAGCAAAAACUGUUCUGUAAAAAUGCUGUUUCUCUUUAAAAAUGACGAAAUGGUUGUGCACCUUAGCUGUUAAUCAUAACUGAUCUUGUCCUAUGUUUCAGAGUGGUCUCAGGUGAAUAUGUAUUAAUUCACUAGUUCACAACUGUUCUUGAUUUGAAGGAAGAUUUGAUUGUUUUCAAUUAGCCUUAGAACAGGAAGAUGCAGUGGUUCUUGUGAAGAAGAGGGAAUGCACUAAAAAAAUUUAAGGAAAAGUUGUCUUAUCCAUAAGCAGUAGAGAACUGUUUUGAGUUUGUUUUCCUAUUAAGCUUGUUGUAUAUAUAUAUUUUUUUACGUUUUUGCUCUUCAAUAUGUACAAAUAAGAAAUCAUCGCUGUAUUUCAGCUCUUUGUGAUUAUAAAAAUUGAUGUUGGAUACACCUCUUUUCACUUUGCUUCUAUAAGUGAUUUCAUUUUUGAAAAGUUCAAGUUUAUUUGCUCUAUUUCUCCUGGAAGCCUGACAGUACUGAACGUAAUUGUGAUCUACAAAAUUACAGAAGUGAUAUUAGAAGGCAUUUUUGUAUUUGUAUUUUGUAAGAGAGAAAUUAAAUACACUUAUAUGUUAAAAUGUAAUUUGAACACUUGUGUGGAAGUUGUAGAAGAACCAGUCAUAAAUCUGGAGCAUUAUCUGGGCUCCAGCCAUGUAAUACUCAGUUAAUUUCAAUAACUGAGUAUGAAGGUGAAUUAAGGUUCACUCUUGUUUUCUCUCAUCCAGUAACCACUCCAUGGUCAUGGCUUUCUUUGCCCAGUAGAAUAGAACAAUUUCUUUUAAUUCAGAAAUCACGAGUUAUUCCACUGUAUGACAAUUGCAGGCAGCCUUGCGAUACCAGGACUGCAGCCUGAAUCACUGACACAGAAGGGGAAUGCGAGAGGAGCUGUACCAUGUUUAAGGCUGAAUCCUAUUAGCCAGGUAGCAUUAUCACACCUGUCACAGAAGCUGGACCCAAGCUAUGUAACUGACGGGGUCCAAAUGCCUGGGGCAGCUUUUCCUAUAAAGAAAACUUUGGAAUUUUGAGCUUUGUGUUUCAUUGGUUUUGGGCAAAAUGAUGAUUUUUACUUCACCAAAAGGUAAUAUCUGUACAAAAAUAAAAAAGCCCAUAUUACAGCUUUGUAAAACAGUAAGUUUAAAAGCUUUGCAUUGCUUUAGAAAAUCUCAGGUUAUACAGUCAAUUUAUCUCUUCACUAAAAGAAGCUUUAAUGGUAAUAAAAUAUAAAAUGUAUUCCUAUGGAAGGUUUUUUCUAAAGAGGUUUGCAAAUGCGUGCCUUAGAAAUAGCAGGUAUUGUCAGAAUUGGUGUCACUGUAUGUUUUCCCCAAUGAGAGACACUGUUUUGUGAAAGAUGAAGCAUUUCCUAAGGUUGUCUGAAAUGUGCAGAUGUAUUUUCAAAUAUAUUAAAUUGUGUUAUUCAGAACUGUUUA